GUUUGGAUUAUUGCAAUUCAGAUUCUCAGACAUAAGUAACGUUGGGCAGGGGUGGCUUGGUCACUUCAUGCGCUAGCAGAAGGAGCUCAGAGACUAACUUGAGCGUGUUCUUCCGUCUCAUUUCUCAACCUUAUUUUCUGUGGCUCUGCGUCUCUCAGCUUGAGCUCUAAUAGUGAGACUGGAAAACACAGAGGAUGGCAAAGAAGAAGAACACGCUGGUUUUUAUGGAUAUUUCUAUCGAUGGUGAUCCUAUUGAAAGAAUGGUUUUUGAGCUGUUCUACGAUGUUGCACCCAAGACUGCUGAAAAUUUUCGUUCCCUCUGUACAGGUGAAAAGGGAAUUGGACCUAAAACAGGACGACCACUGCAUUUCAAAGGGACCUUCUUUCACCGCAUCAUUAGGGGUUCCAUGGCAGAGUUACCCUUGUUUGGUGUAGGAUACAGGGCUGACGCUCACGACUGCUUUUCUUGUGAUGUAGUUUUAAGCUUAUGCUUUAUCUUGCAGGGUGGCGAUUUAUUGAGACAAGAUGGUGCUGGUGGAGAAAGCAUAUAUGGGGGGAAGUUUCCAGACGAGUCACCCCAGCUAAAGCAUGAUGGACCUGGUCUACUUUCUAUGUCAAUUUCUGAUCGUGACAUUUCUGGUUCUAUUUUCGUCGUCACUUUUAAGGCCAGCCAUCAUCUUGACAGGAAGUAUGUAGUUUUUGGUAAGCUUGUGAAAGGAGAUGAAGUACUGAAAAAAAUUGAAGAUGCUGGCGAUGAAGAAGGAAGACCAGUUGUAACAGUGAAAGUGAUCAAGUGUGGGGAAUUCAAUGAGGACGUGAAAAAAUUAAGUAAACUGAAGGCAGGAAAGGAUGCUUCCCCUGAUGCCUAUAGUCGUGAAAUACGGAAGAGGGGAAAACACAAGAAAUCUUCAAGAGACAGAAGGAAGAAGAGGAGAAGAUACUAUUCAUCUGAUACGGAGAGUUCCUCUGAUUUUGAAACAGAUGAAUCUGAAUCUGAUAGUGAUUCCGAUUCAUCUUUAUCAUCAUCAACUGAUGCAACCUCUUCGAGUGAUGACAGGCGCAAAAAGAGGAAGAGGUCUUCUAAAAGAGACAAAUAUAAGCGUCUCAAAAGAAGAGAUAGGAAGCGUGAUAAGAAGCGAAAGCGGCAUGAUAAGAGAUUGAAGCACCGAUCAAGAAGGGCCUUGGAUGGUCUUUCCAAUUCUGAGAGUGAGAGCAAAAGUGGAAGUAGCUCUGAUGAUGGUCUUGAUGCUCAAGGACAGGGUAAAACAUGUAAAGAACUUUCACAGAAAGCUGCUGCGCAUCUAUCUCUUAUGACAGGAGAUGAAAAAACUGUUUCUGUACGAUGUAAAUGGAGAGAGGAAGCAGGUGUUAUUGAGAAGGAAAGCAGUCGGUCCCCCAAAGAAAAUGGUGAACAACAUAGCAAUGGCAUCGAAGCAUAUGCUAAGUCUAAUGGGAGUACUGAUAGACAGCCUGAUGUGGUCGAUGAUCACCCAGGCAAAUCUAGGAGCAGAAGCAUGAGUCCGAAGAGGACCAUGAGUAAGAGUAUGAGUAUUAGUCCCAGGAAGAGAAUGAGCAGGAGCCCAAGUGCUAGCCCUAAGAGGAGCAUGAGCAGAAUAGCAAGAGUCAGUAGAAGCCCUCCUCCUGUCACACGGAGGAGUAUCAGCAGAAGUCCUGUCAGAAGUGUUAGCAGUCGGAGCCCAUCUGUAAGCAGAAGCCCAGUGAGGGGCAGAAAGGGUCGUAGCAUCAGCAGAAGCCCGGUGAGGGUCCAGUCUCGAAGAAGCAUUAGUAGGAGCCCCGUGAAAUCCUUGUCUCGGAGAAGCCUUACUAGAAGUCCAGCCAGAACAUCUUCUCGGAGGUCUUUUAGCAGAAGCCCGGUGAGAUCUUCUCGAAGAAGCAUAAGCCGGAGUUCAGGCCGGGCUCCUUCUAGGAGAAGUAUUAGCAGAAGUCCGAUUAAGCCCCCAAGCAGGAAUACUCGUCGCAGAUAUUCACGGAGCCCUUCCCCUGUACGUAGGACCAGGUCACCUCCUUCUGCUCGAGGAAGAAGUUUGUCUAGAAGUGAUUCUCUUGAUGGCUCCUCCAAGCGAAUUAGAAGGGGACGAGGUUUUAGUCAGCGUUACUCUUUUGCUCGGCAAUACCGAACCCCCUCUCCAGAUCGUUCUCCUGUUCGAUCUUAUCGUUACGGUGGCAGAGUUGACCGUGACAGAUAUUCGAGUUACAGAAGGUAUUCUCCUAGGCGUUAUAGAAGUCCACCAAGAGGAAGAACUCCUCCAAGGUACAGGAGGAGCAGGAGAAGCAGAACAAGGAGCCCCUCUGUAUCACGCAGGAGAGGCACCUCUGUAUCACGCAGUCCAAACUAUCGCAGUCGUCGUUCUAGUCAUAGUCAUAGUCCCAUUCGGAGUCGAUCCCCAGUUGAAGUAUCUAGAUCUCGGGUAUCACUACGGGCCGAGAGGCGUAGGUCACCUUUGAGGAGCAGGAGCCCAUCAGAGUCUCACUCAUCAUUGGAAUCCCGUUCUCCUAGGCGACUAAGCAAAGAUAGGUCAAGGUCGACUUCUGGAAGCCCUGCAAAUAAGAAGGUCCAGGCAUCGUACGAUGAUGGUUCUCCUGACUCGGGUCAACUGUAAAAUGAGCGAAAAUCAGAGCAUCGAUUGUGCUUUUGGUUUGGAUGAGCACUAGUUUCUCUGCAUGCUAUCCCAUCUGGACUUACAUUGAUCUCCUUCUCGUCAGAGUCUAUGAUCAGUUGUUAAAUGUCCGUUUUAUAGUAUGUUCUAGAUUGAUUGAUCCGUGGUCUGCUGUUAAGGCUUUAUUUUCAAUAAUGGAUUUAAAGAGUCAUAUGAGGUUGGUGUGUUUAAGAAAGCAUGUCUUUACUUUUA